UUGUGUUUCGGGGUUUGAAUUUGGAGAGGUGUAGGAGUGUGAGUGAUGUAGAGUCAGAGUCCUAUUUCUCACUUUAACCCCGUGCAUGAAGCUCGGGGUUUUUAUAUUAUCUAAGCUAGCAUUGAUGUGAGAGAGUCAGAAUGAGCUCCUUUCCUGGACGGAUGAAGGAAUAUCCAGCGAUUUCCAUCGACAGAUUCGACAGAGAGAAUCUCCACGCCAGGGCUUAUUUUCUGUCUCACUGUCAUAAAGAUCAUAUGAAAGGACUGAAAGGACCUUUACUGAAAAGAAAAUUGAAGUUUAGUUUAACUGUAAAGUUGUACUGCUCGUUUGUCACGAAGGAGCUUCUCCUCAACAAUCCGAAAUAUGCCUUCUGGGAAGACCGUAUUGUUGCUCUUGAGUUGGACAGUCCGACACAUAUCUCCCUCAUUGAUGAAGUUACAGGAGAGGUGGAAGAUGUCGUUGUGACGUUGUUGCCAGCUGGGCAUUGCCCUGGAUCGGUCAUGUUUCUCUUUGAGGGAGCUCAGGGCACCGUGCUGUACACUGGAGAUUUCCGACUGGCUGCUGGAGAUGCAGCGAGGAUGGAGCACCUGCACUCUGGAAACAGAGUAAAAGACAUUCAGAGUGUGUAUGUGGACAGCACGUUCUACGACCCCAGUUUCUACCAGAUCCCCAGCAGGGAGGCCUGUCUGGCUGGUAUCAGGAAGUUGGUUAAAGACUGGAUCUGUCUGAGUCCGUACCAUGUGGUUUGGUUGAACUGCAAAGCAGCGUACGGGUAUGAAUACCUCUUCACCAACCUGGGGCUGGAAUUUAAUUUACAGGUCCACGUGAACAGCUUGAAUAUGUACAGACAAAUGCCAGAAAUCGUGGAUCAUGUGACCACAAACAGAGCAACACAGAUCCACGCCUGCAGGCAUCCUAAGGAUGAUGAGUUGUUCAGGGCAAACAGGCUGCCGUGUGGCUCUUCAGCUCCGGAUGGUACACCACUGCGCAUCAUCAGCAUCAAACCUUCUACCAUGUGGUUUGGAGAACGGACCAGGAAGACUAACGUCAUUGUCAAGAUGGGUGGAAGCUCCUACAGGGCUUGUUUCUCUUUUCAUUCCUCGUACUCUGAGGUAAGGACAUUUAAAAAUAGAUAUAUACUUAUAUAUAUUACGCUUGUAAGAAUUACACUCAGUCAGGGUCCUGUAUAUCCAUCCUCCUUUAAUCAGAUCAAGGAUUUCCUCUCCUACAUCAGUCCUGUUAAUAUUUACCCCAAUGUGAUUCCAAUGGGACGAACCGUAGAGGACGUCACCGAGCUACUCACUCUUAUGCGUAGAGAACACUCAAAAAGGGCAGAGGUUGUCUAUAUGCCUCUGGGGAAGCUGAAACGAGCCAGAACAAAGUCCUCGUCUAAAGGCUCGGACAGUGAUGACGAACUGUUUGGGGAAGUUGCUGUAGCCCCGAUGAGGAAGAAGCUUGCUGCGAAUGAGGAGAAAGAGCAGCACUGUAGUGAAAAAACAGAUCUUGUGGUCACAGAGACACAAAUUCUACCACAGCUGCAGCCUUCAGUCCAGACAUCCAACUACAUGGACUGUACAGAGUCCAAUGAUGAUGAGGAUGAUGAUGAUGGUGAUGGUGAAGAUGAAGCGAAGGAGGAACAACUUCCUGCAGGUCAGGCACCCGGGGACACCACGCCCACUCCAUCAAAGCCGGCUCCGCCCAGCUGGAGUACGUUUUUCAGAGCAGAGCCAGUUGUGACCGAUGACAGCGCUGAGCUGGAGAACAGUCAGAACAGCCAGACUCUGUCUAGCGAUCAGAUGACGUCGCAGUCCCCCGAGCUCUUCAACCACGACGAUGACGAAUCCGAGUCAGGUCACAUGACUUCCUCUCAGUCGACGUAUGUAUCCGAGGCAGCUUUAGAGAGCCUCAGCCAGCUCGACACAAUGCCUGUACAGUGCAACACCACACACGCAGAGAACGCCCCUCACUGGGGGACGCUUGACAGACAACCAGGUGUGACUGAUGUUCCCCGGGACCAGUGCGAUGCCACGGACCACACAGAACCAGCUUCAGAUUCUCAGGUGUCCUCAGAUUUUGAUCUGCCAAUGACUCCGGGAUCAAAGGCUCCGCAGCCUGAGGAGCUGAAAGAGCUGUACAGGAAGUUGGCUGCUGGAGAGGAAGUGACGACCAAACAUCAUCAGCAGGGUUCAGUUUAAUCCAAGCGUCCAAUAAUUUAAGUGAUUAUCGUGCCAAAUUACAAACUAUUUAAUACAACCAUGUAUAAUAAGACAUGCUUUAAAAGCAGUGAUUAUUAUACGUCUAAUGUUAUUCCAUCGAGUUUCUGACUCAUAAGCUGAACAUUCCAAAAUACCUUGUUUGAUCAUGGUAAAAUUUUAUAAUUAAUAAAUAGAAAUAUUUUUUUCUUUUUUUAUACCACGUACGUGUUGAAUUUUUUAUUCUGAUUGGUCCAAAUGUGUUGAUUAAUGUUCUGCACCAGCAGCUUGGGGAGUAGGUUCACAUCAUUGUUGUGUCUGGAUUAAAAGUUUACACAAGGACACUGAACAUGGGCCAUGGAUAUCAUGCAGUACUUGACAUUUUCUUUAAGGCGAUGUUUAUGUAACAUUUAUGCAAGGAGUCUCUAGUGUCAGCGCUGUGUUACAGUCAGCCAGUUUUAUAGGUGAAUUCGGGCUUUCCAGGUCUUUGGUAACAAAAAUCUGUUUUUUGUUUCUUUUUGACAGUGAG